ACCGCGUAAAUUGGUUGUAAAUUGCGAAUAAUCCGAAAUACUACAAAUAGACUCAAAGAUUCUAAAAAAGAUUGAUAUUUCAUUCUUGAUUGUAAAAGUCAUUGCUACAACGAAAUCAAAUGACUGUUGUAUCCACAUUCACAUGCACUUCUCUGUCUUCCUCCUGUGUCGCGUGCACCUUGUCCUGUUCGUCUAUCCACUGCUUGCUAGAUACAACUGCAAGCCUCCCAUCACCGUCUGUGUUCUCAUGCAAUGCCCUGCUCGGUUUCGUAGUGCAAACCGGCAUCUGUAAUUCAACUGUGUUCUAUCUGACCCGCUCAUUCAUUCGUAAAAAUGUGUAUGCAACGAGCUCGCGGUGUUCACGCUCCGGCACCCCUGGGCUCCCACUCUUCUCGUUCCACUUGUCUCAUGACCGCUUGAACAGCCGCGUAGCUCUCCGAUGCAGUCUCAACAGGCCUAUCUUGAUCCACAUCAUAAACUCAAUCCACUUUGUCUUGAUCAAGCGGCUGGUGGACAGCUUUGGCUUGGGCGCGCGCUGCAUGGUGCGGGCCGAGCUGAGAUGGGCGGGUUUUGGCGGAGGUGCAGGAGCCUUUUCGGCGGCGGCUUCCCACUCGGGUCCGUGGAUCUUUGCCGACAUGUCUGUGAUCUUGGCAAAGAGCAGAUGAGAUCCGCCGCGUUGGGGAGGGGAGUGGAGGAGGAGAGAAGGAGGAAGAGGGAAAAGGGGAGGUUAAGAAGAAGCAGUUGACGCCGAACAGACGGAGACGCGAACAGCACACGAUCGAGGGCCGCGAGCACAAACGCAGAAACAGCGCAGCAUUUAAAGCCCGAACUAAGCAGAAACCCUAAACAAGGUUGAGACCCUGACAGACG